AUGGAGCGCCCGCGCCACCUGGGACUCUGGUUGCUCCUGCUCUCGGCCACCGGCUCCGGGCUCCUCCUCCGCUGGUACUCGGGGUACAGCUCUCGGGCCUUGGAGCCCAGGGACGGCCGGGCCUGCUCCAGCUCCCUGGACCUUGCCCUGCAGCGGCGCCCGCGCUUGCGGCGGCAGUUGAAUCUGUCCAUCCAGGUGCUGCUCUGGGGCGGCCUCUUCACGCAGGAGCUCUGGGACCACCUGAGCCAGCGCGGAGGCCCCUAUGGCUGGCAAGGCCUCUCCCGCGAAACCAUUGCCUCCACCCUGGGUCUUCUGAACGACUCGGAGAGCUCGGAGCUCUUUGCAGUCCCCAAGGGGCGGGGUCCAGGCUGCAUCCGGUGCGCCGUGGUGGGUAACGGGGGCAUCCUGAAUGGUUCGCGCCAGGGCCAGAACAUCGACGCCCAUGACUACGUUUUCAGACUCAACGGUGCAGUGAUUGAAGGCUUCGAGAAGGAUGUGGGCAACAAGACCUCCUUCUACGGCUUCACCGUGAACACAGUGAAGGGCUCCCUCCUGUCCUACAGAGCCCUCGGCUUCACUUCCGUGCCCCAGGGGCAGGCCCUGCGUUAUAUCUUCAUACCUGCAGACAUCCGUGACUACGUGAUGCUGAGAUCAGCCAUCCUGGGAGUGACCGUCCCGGAGGGCCGUGACAGAGGGGACAAUCCUCAGAUCUACUUUGGACCAGACGCGUCUGCCGGUAAAUUCAAGCUACUGCAUCCAGACUUUAUCCACUACGUGACAGAGAGGUUUUUGACACCGAGGUGGAUCCAUAGAACUAUCGGAGAUCAAUACAUGCCCAGUACUGGGGCUCUGGUGUUGCUAACAGCCUUGCACACCUGUGACCAGGUCAGUGCCUACGGGUUCAUUACGAGGAACUACAAGAAAUUUUCGAACCAUUAUUUUGAUCGAAGUAAUAAGGCUUUGGUAUUUUACUUAAACCAUGAUCUGCUUCUUGAGGCUGCUCUGUGGAGGAAGUUGCACAAAGCUGGCAUCAUCUGGCUCUACCAGCGCUGA